AUGGGCUGGGUGCCCUGCGAGGAUCCGGCCUUUGGAAGCAAAGCUGGGCAGAGCCCUGGCUUCAUGUGCCACAUGUGCCACUUUGCAGGUGAGGCGGCUGAUGCACUUGGGCCACUUGCCGACGACGCCGCCUGCGACAUUGAAAUUGAGAUCUGCUGCGGAUCUGUGCUCCUCGACAACAGUAUUCUUCGGAGCGAUGUCGAAUGCUCUGAAUGCUCGGCAGCAGACUCAGCGGUGCACGAAUCGGUUCUAAGCUUCGUCUUGGCAGACGACGAUGUCGAGCACCCAGCACGGCUUGGUUUGGUCCCGUUGCAAGGCUCAUCCGAGCUUCCUCUUCUGCUGGCUACCUGA